UUUUUCUUUUCUUUUCUCUCUUUUUUUUCUUUCCGCCAAGACCAGAGAGACCAUGUGGCAAUAGCAAACACGCCGAAAUGCUCCUGGUUAGACUCUCCCCAGCAAAGCUGGUAUCGGUGCGCCGUGUUGUUCAGUGGCACAGGAUAGCCCGUAGGCUCUCAACUUCGACCUCGUCGUUUGGCGGCCUCUCAGUUGCUCUCAAUCUGUUGACGGCGUCCAAAGAACAAGUAGCAGAUGCUGUCACCCGGUCGCUGAGGACGCCCGGGGGGCCUGCCGCCGCUGCCGUGGUGCUUGCCUCGGGAGGCUUGGCCUCGUGGCUGCAAGACGAGGCCUUCAUGUCUCGCCUGCUGGCGCCCCUGGUUGGCGGGUCUACGUCUCUAAGCGUACUGUCUGCUGCUGUCCACGGCAUCCCGCGGCGGCGACGCGGCCCCGGACCGCCCUUCUCCUCCUCUGAAGGCCUCGCGGUCCUGCACGGUAGCCUCGACGGGCUGCUCCCAGGUCUGUGGAAUGUCUCUACUGCAGGCAUAUACCAGGCCACCGGCGAUGCCAGCGACCAGCCAUCGCUCGAGUUCCACACCGCCCCGCUCGACGACGACGCGCGGCCUCUGCAGGUGACGGUGCCUCUCGCCAACACCAUCUUCAGCAACGGCAGGCAGCACACCAUGUUUGCGAGCCGCUGGCACAUGGCCAGUGGCGGAGCAGCCCAGCCCCAGCUCGCCGACGUGGUUGAGAGGAUGACGCAGUCCAUCCUUGUUCCCAGGGCUGCAGAUGCCGGGGCAGCCAGCGCUAUCAGCACCGUGGCUGUACCGCUUGUCCCGGUGACCGAGGCGCGGAGGAUUGCGGCCGGCCUCGGAAACAUUCUCCGUCAGGUCGAGAUUGGCGUGACGCCCAUGCCGGCGUCCAAGGAGCUCGAGUCCGUCAUCCCCAAACUCCUCGAUGCCCGGUCCAAGCAGCUGGGCGACCAGGCUGCGGGACCUGUGGGCGUGUGGGCUCUGAUCUACCCCGAGAAUUUUGUUGCCGACGCAAACUUUCCCCGUCCUCUCGAGUUGAGCGGCGCCGGGCAGCCUCACGAGUGGAGCCGUGCGCAAGAGGUCUCGGACCUGAUGCCCCGGCUCCUGGCAGCUGGCUGUCAUGUACGUAAAAUAUUGAGCGGAGGCGGUGGCUGGGGGCUGAAGCAAGGUCUGCUGUCUCUCGACCCGCAGACGAGACAUGCCACGCCAGACCAGGAGGACAUUGAGAGCUUUAUCAGGUCUUUCCAUGGCGACAAAUCUGGCGGGGGCAUCGUGACGCCUGGCUCCUUUGUGCAAUUUCUGGUCGAGCCGGCCGGCAGCCCCCCUGCCGGAGAAGUCGCGCAGACAGAAAGCAAUGAUACUGGCCCUCUAGAAAUUGUCGUGGGCACGCAGGACCAGGUAGUGGAGUCCCUGGCUGGCUCCGACCACAUCGAAGUCGGCGUGAAUCUCUUUGGUGCCAUAUCUUCGGACGGCAUCUACGUCGUUUCGCGGCCUGCAGCGGACCAAGGCAGCGGCCCAGCCAUCACGACCAAGAUCGACGCAUCUAACUCGUACGUCGUCUCGAGCCCCUGAGCAGGUCAUGGGACAUGACAUGUCGGGAACAUACGAUACUGCGAUACCCACAACACGAAUCCACCUUCCAGCAUGCUGUGGCAGUCGUGCGGAUGGCUGGUGUCAUCACCGUGGCAACUCAUUGCCUCGUAUUUAUUUAUUGUAACUCAUGUCACAAGUUGGGACUUGGAUUGGCAAUAUGGCCGAAAUAUCUUUGUACAUUAUAGAUCCUGUUUCAAAAUCCAACUCGGAGCUACGACUAAAGCCGCUUUCGAGUGUCGUUCACAAACGGCAAUGACGCAAUUUGAGGCCAGGAUUUAAAUCGGCUGCCGGCCGCAAUCGCUGCUGCGGGUGAAUGAGUUGGCACCCACUGAACUAGCAUCUAAAGAAGCUACCCACAUAUUUAGUAUCCAAUUUAGCCCUUGGCCUCCAACUUCACAG